AUGGACCGCCGCGCCCAUCCUGGUGUUAAAAAUGAAAAAUACUCAUCCUUUUAUAAAGUUCGCUUCGGAGAUAUCAAGAUCAAAUGGGAAGGAGAAAUUAGAGAUUCUUUUUCACUCAUUAAUUUUGUUAAUGAACAUAUAGACGAAUGGAAGAAAGAUGACCGUCCAUCAAUCUGGAUUAAACUUCAUGGCAAAGACCUUGAUCACAUUAAUGUUUUGUUAAACGCAGGAUUCAAAAUUCAUAGAACUAAACCAAACAAUGUACUCGUUCUUAACAAAUGGAUUCGCGAGUAUUCGAAUACUCUUCCAUUACCACCAUUCGCUUACUUAGGAGUUGGCGCCAUGUGCAUUAAUAAGGAAGGAAAGAUUUUGGCCGUGCGCGAAAAUUACAAGACAGGUCCAUCAAUCUGGAAAUUACCAGGUGGACUUUAUGACCCAUCCAAAGAUCACAAGCUUUCUGAUACAGCUGUUCGCGAAUGUUUUGAAGAAACAAGUAUCAAAGCCGAACCAGAAUAUUUAGUCAAUUCACGCUUCAUUCACAAAGGUGGAACAUUCAGCGCCCCUGAUUUAUAUACAGUAUUCAGACUUCGUCCUUUAACCGAAGAAAUUAAAUUUGAUCCAGUAGAAAUCUACGAAGCAGCUUGGGUAAAUCCACAAGUAUUGAUAGAUGCUGGCUAUAACCAGAUUGUCUGGGCUGUUCAAUCACAAAUGAAGAAUCAAGAAGGAUUGGUAGAAAUUCCAACCAGAUUCAGAAAUUCCGACCAUAUUGUUUAUACAAGAAAACCAGAGGAUAGUAAUUAA